UAAGCUCUAAGCUCCAAGUCCUAGUCCAGGCCUUGAGUCCUACACACUCUUGUCUUAUUCGCCCUAGGACAGUAUCCUCGCGAGUUGCCUCCCCAGCCGUUGAACUCAUAUUCCAGUGGUAAUAAAACCAAAAGAGAAAAAAAUCUAUAUCGACUAUGGGUGGCGUAUACGUCUGAUUGUCUUUUUUAUUUGGAGGAGGCUGAUACUGUUGCAAUCUCAUCUAUUUCUCUCAAUAUCGCUCCCGCCUCUUUCGCCAUCCUUAGAGUGCUUGCUUGGUCUUACUUGGAUCGACUUGUAAUUGCAACAGCCCACAAAGUUCAACAUUGCAACACAAACUUUGCUUACAGGGCCCGGGAGUCGAAUAAAGAGCCUUUCCAUUGACUCUCGAAAUGGAGUCAAAAAAACGUUUGUCCCUGGAUGGGACAAACUCUGGCUCGGGACCUUCAGCCCUACGCCGGCUCACUCGAAGCCCCAGUCAUCGUAUAAGUCUGCGGCGAUCAAGCACUGAAUCUACAUCAUCAUCCUCCGUCUCCUCAAUCGCGUCAGAAGACAAUGAGGCAUCACCGAAAUCUUGUGUGACCCGUGGUACGUCGAGCGACGACUGCGCUCUUCAUCGGUUUAUCGUCUGGACUGCAGUCAAACGAAAUGAGUGCGACAGAAUGACUCCCCAAGAGAAGCUGGAAUGCCCUAUGCUGCGCUGCCGCAAACGAUUUGCCAACCACGAGCUCAUGCUCCAGCAUCUAUACUCGUGCAGCUGGCUCUCCACGAGUGAGUAUUGGUGUUACGAAUGCGGAAAAUCCGAACGGUUCAACGAUUCCAAGUGCAAGCGAUGCCUGGGUCACCCAUCACGAAGAAAGAAGAUACUGUCCAUGGCAAAGAGCUUCUUCAACUCCCUCGGUCACAAACCCAAGAGCUCAGCCCUGGAGGAUCUUGACCUCGACAUUGACAUGGGAGAAUCUGAGGCGCCGCCCAGUUAUGAUCUAGCCGUGGCGCCAAGUGAGCUCGAGCUACCUACGAAUGAGAUCCAUGAGAUUGGCUCCAGCGGUAUAGUUUUACAGCCCAUAUUGGAGAAUGAGAACGAACAUGAGAACGAGGCAGAGAUAAGCCCGGCCCCCAUGCUCACACCUUGCAUCGCAUCGCUGCCUACACAGACCCAGGCACAGACUCUGCCUACUCACCCCGCGGAGCUCGAAUCAGAUGCAACCCUCAGCGACCCCCUCGAUUUCAUGCUGCCGCCAGGCACUGUUGUCCCUGUCAACCUCAUCGACCCCGGCUGCAACACAACUUCUGUACGGCCCACUCUUCAGCUUCAUACAGCAGGUCUAGAAGAGUACCGCAGAGAACAAAAGAGACGCAGUAAGGGCCAAGUCGCACCUAGCACCUCGGUUCGCUCGACAGCCAGUACCAACUCGACGUCGAGCACAAAUACGACGGACACUACUUUCAGCAGAGAAAGUUACAAUAUCUCCCCCAUAUCGUCGUUCUCUGAUCAAUGGGCAAGUGCACCAGUCUUCGACUCUGACUUCACCUCCCCUGAGAAUGGCUUCCAAAGCCCAGGAGGCCUCCUCAGGACGAAGUCGUUCGCCAUAUCUCACAAGGCACCCGCAGCCAAGGGCUGGAACUCGUUCGAAAACGAGGCAGGCAUGUCCUAUGACUCCCAACCGACUGAACUCCCCACAGACAUCCCCAUGCUCGGUGCCUUGCCUGCCGCGGAACCUGAUACUCUGAACCUCAACCAGCCCGUUUUCACAUUGAAUGACUCUUCCCUUUCCUCUACUUUCGACCUUGAUGCCAACAUUGCCCUCAUCGACAAUAAUGUCACGAUGCCACCGUCCCUCCACCUCAUGCCACCGCUACCGAAGGCCGAGUCCUAUCAUAACCCUCGGUCUCUGAUCGGCACGGCAUGGAGUACUCUCCAGAUGCAUGUCGCUGACUCUCUGACCAAGCUUCAUCAUAUCACCAAGAACCACCUUGUCAUACAACUCAGAAGUCUUACGGCUCAAGUAAUAGCUAUAAAGGGAUUCGAAACUCUUAUGGAUAUCAUCGAAGGUCGCCAGCCGACUGUUCCCAUCAAUGUCCUCUGCUUCGUUCACUUGGUUUACUGUUUCUCCCUUAUUGUUCACGAGCAAGACGCUGCAAAAAGAUCUUCGGAUCUUUUUGUUCAAGCGAUGUCCUACAGCACCUUGUUUUCACGGCAGGAUCGCCAGCUGUAUAUACAGAUUGUCGAAACUCUCUGGAAACCAGCUGCUAUGAGCAAUGCUGACCUCGUAAACCUGGUUCGGGCCAAAACAUCUUCUUUGAUGUCGCAUUCGCCUGGCUCGAAGGGGAAAGGUAUUGAGCCCACAAACAUGAUCUACGCCAGUGUCGACUCGCUAGCGUUUCUGGCAAUGUAUUUCUUAGACCAACUCGAAAAUGCCGCCAUCCAUGUGACAGACGACGCGGAAGUUCUAUCAUCUGAUCUCUUUAUGGGUCACUGCAAUAGCCUAGACAGGACUCAUAUGGAUUCGACACAAAACAUGGCAGCAAAUCUUAUGCUCAAGCACAACUUUCAACUAUAUACUCAUUAUCAAGCCUUUGCAGACAGUCUGAACAACAUCGCUCAUCGCGCCAAUUCGGAGUUGAUGCUACCACGGCGCUUAGAACUCGAGCUUAUGGAGUGUGGAAAGAUGUGCCUACCUCCAGACAUUUACUUCGACGGAUAUAUCCGCUUUGUUCGAGAACAGAUGGAUUCUAUAUAUUGCACGGCUACUGAAGAGGGUACUUACCGGGCUCUCUAUUACCGCCAAUGCAUUGAGCUUAUCAAAUCUGUUAUUGGCGUCCAGUCACAACCGAUAGCUGCGCACUCAGUUCAAAACAGCUCAGUAACGCAAGAUGGUUUUGACGAUAUCGACGAAUUCUUCAAUGUGAUGACGCCGAACAACUUCAAUUUUAGCUCGGUUGGCCCAUUUGAUGCAGGGCAACCCUUGGACUUCUCAUGCCUACCAAACACAAUUGAUCCUGGCACUUUGAACCCGUUACCACUUCCUACGCCCGCAGACACCAAUUCGGUGCAGGCGACUUCAACGGCCGCCAAUUCACCACCUUCUCCUGCUCCAGCAGCAUCCUCCUCCUCCUCUUCAGCAGCAAAAAUCAAGUCGGACAGUAGUUGCAAACUGUGUGGAUAUACACCUGAAGGUGAUCCUCGAUGGUUCAGCGGCAGUAUGGCCAAGCACAUGAAACUGCAGCACUCAACAAAACCUCCAACCAUCUACCGCUGUCCAUACCCUGGCUGCACAAGUCAGUACAAGAACAGACCAGACAACUUGCGCCAACACCAAAUAGAGAAGGGUCAUUUUUUAGAGGGACAAGACGUUGUAAAGCGAUCGAGCAAGCGACGUAAGAUUGAGUGAUCUUGGAUGCCAAGGUUGGCACAGGCAGUUGCUUCUUGCAGAGGGCCUUCAAUGGGGACAAUCACGGAUGACCUAUGCUGAUGUGUUCGUUUUGCUUUCUCAACUUUCUUUACCAUUGUUUAUAGACAACAUUUGCAUGGCGUUUUGGUUGGACACCAGCACUGGAGUGCUUUAUUUUGGAAACAUACCAUGACAGGCGUAAUGCGUUCUCGUUAUCAAACGCAGCCGAUGUUAAUAUAUGGUCAUUACGGCGCAUGCGUUGACGCAAACAUUGCCGAUACUACGGUGACGAAUGUAAAUACCCUGUAGUUACAUAUAUCUUGUCUUUGAGUUAUAAGCUCAAGUUAGUUCUAUCCCA